AUGGCACAACCUAUAAAUAUACACUUAACUGCACAAGGCACAAUCGAUAAAUGCUCAACAAAUUCAUCAUGCGACAUGUAUGUUAAAUUUGGCUUCGUUUCUGGUCAGGAUUGGGAAGCAUAUGCCGGAAGUAAAGCAGGAAUUUCUUACACAACGCAUGUAAAUUCUCGACAUGAAGCAAUAUUUAAUUAUCCUCUUGGAAUAUCUCUUAAAACACAAACACCAUACGGAUGGCCUCAAAUUGUUUUAGCUGUUUAUGGUUUAAAUAGUUUCGGCAAUGAUAAGAUAGUAGGAUAUGGUGCAAUUCACCUUCCAAUGAAGCAAGGCCUUCACAAGUUGAAAGUUCCGUUAUUUGCACCUAAAGCAGAAUCGUUUUUCCAGAAAAUAUCAGCUUACUUUACAGGACUAUAUCCUGAGCUUAUAGAAACAAAUUUAGUUGCUCAAUGUCCAAAUAGAGAAGUUAUGAAAACACAUUCUAGUGGAUUUGUCGAACUAACCUUGAAUAUGGUUAUGAAUGAGUUGGAACAAUUCCAACUCAAGGUUUAA